AUGACAUCUAAUGGACAAAAUGUGGAAGGAAAAAUUUAUUUGGUAAACAAAUUAAAGUUUUUUGGUCAUCCAGAAAAAGUAGAAUGUGGCAACUAUAAGCUUGCUUUUGUGCGAGCAUGGCUGAUGUCGUCAUCGUACAAUCAUCUAAAAAACUAUCAGGAAAACAAAAUCAACAAUUUUGUUAAAGUUCAGCCUAAACGAACAAUGAUGGCUUCUUGUCAAAGUAAGAAAUAUGUGGAAUCGUGUCUUGACUUCCAAAUGCGAAUCUUUAAAAUUCUUAUAAAGGCAGAUUCGCCAAACUCGAUUUUCAUUCCGACUAGUGACGACGGGCAAUUCUUUCAUAUGACUAGUGAGACUCCAAUAAUCAAGCUUCCUUGGCCACCGA